AUGCUGCUCUGGUUCUGUGCAGCAACUGCCAGCGCCCGUUCCACGCAGCCCACGCAGGGCAUUUCUGACCUUGUUAAACGUCGACUUCCAAAUCACCUUCAGAGCUUCCAGUUUACACUGGAUGUCAUCCAUGAUACAGACGAUAAAUAUGACUCUUAUGUUGUCAGCAGUGGCUCAAAUGGCACAGUCUUGGUCAAGGGCAAUUCCCUGAGCGCAUUGUCUUCGGGUUUGCACCAUUAUCUCACCGAUGUUGCUCACGUUGACAUCUACUGGUUCAUUGGCAGCCGACUGGACGUCGUCCCGUCCAAGCUGCCUCAUCUUGCCAAGCCUAUUCACGGCUCUAGCACAGUUCCGUGGAGGUAUCAUUUUAAUACAGUCACCUUCUCUUAUACCACAGCUUUCUGGGCCUGGGAAGACUGGGAGUUACAGUUGGACUGGAUGGCUCUUCGUGGGGUGAAUCUUCCGCUUGCUUGGGUUGGCCAAGAGAAGAUCCUCGUAGAAGUGUUCCGUGAGAUCGGUCUCAGCGAUGCAGAGAUUGCUACUUUUUUCAGUGGUCCAGCGUUCCAAGCCUGGAAUCGCUUUGGCAACAUUCAAGGUUCUUGGCACGGGGAUCUUCCCCAGACAUGGAUCGAUGAGCAGUUCGACUUACAGAAAAGGAUCAUUCACCGCAUGGUGGAACUUGGAAUGACGCCUGUUCUACCAUGCUUUACUGGCUUUGUUCCUGCGAAUAUCAGUCGUGUUCUACCAGAUGCUAACGUGGCUCGUGGUUCGCGUUGGGGAGGUUUUCCGAUUCAAUAUACGAACGACACGUUCCUCGAGCCCUUUGACGAUCAUUUUGCAGAACUACAAAGCAGCUUCAUUAGCAAGCAGCAGGCAGCCUACGGGAAUGUCAGUCACAUCUACACUCUUGAUCAGUACAACGAGAACGAUCCCUACUCCGGUGACGUGGACUAUCUGCGUAAUGUUACUAGCAACACUUGGCGAAGUUUGAAACAGGCCGACCCGGAUGCCAUAUGGAUGAUGCAAGGUUGGCUCUUCUAUGCCAACUCCGACUUUUGGACCAACGAACGAGUGGAGGCAUAUUUGUCUGGUGUGGAGUCCAACGAGGAUAUGCUGAUCCUGGAUUUGUUUUCGGAAUCGAUUCCCCAGUGGCGGCGAACAAAUUCAUACUAUGGCAAGCCUUGGAUCUGGUGCCAGUUGCACAACUUUGGAGGCAGCAUGGGCCUAUAUGGGCAAAUCCAAAACAUCACACAGAAUGCUUCGGAAGCACGAAUAGAGUCCCCGUCCAUGGUCGGCUAUGGCCUCAGCCCUGAAGGUCAAGAGGGUAACGAGAUUGUAUAUGACCUACUUCUUGAUCAGGCGUGGUCUUCGACUCCGUUGGAUACCAAAGUGUACUUUCACAAAUGGGUGACAAGCCGAUAUGCUGGCCAGAAUUCCAUUCCCCAGGACCUCUACACCGCUUGGGACUUGAUGCGACAGACAGUGUACAAUAACACCAACCUCACUACACUCUCUGUCGCCAAGUCCAUUAUUGACAUUCAACCUGAUCUUUGGAACUUGGCCAAUGUCGCCGGCACACAUGGCACAACGGUCAACUACCACCCAUCGGUCCUUGUCCAUGCAUGGCAACUCAUGUAUCAGGCAACAAAGGCAGAACCGGCGUUGUGGUCCAAUCCGGCGUAUCAGCAUGACAUGGUUGAUGUGACACGCCAAGUCCUGGACAAUGCUUUCAUCCCAAUGUACUCAGAUCUGAUAGAUCUGUACAACAGCUCUCAGUCCACGCAGCCGAAAUUCGCACAACAAGGAAAGAAAAUAGUUCAACUUUUGACAGACCUCGACUCGGUCCUUCUCACCAAUAAAAGCUUCCGCCUUUCGACCUGGAUAGAUGCGGCGCGGACCUGGGCACGAGGCAACACAUCCCAGGCAUCAAUGCUUGAAUACAAUGCUCGCAAUCAAAUUACUCUUUGGGGGCCAAAUGGGGAGAUCACCGACUAUGCCUCCAAACAAUGGGGGGCCUGGUCUCUUCAUAUUAUGUGCCACGUUGGCGCAUGUUUGUCGAAUACCUGGAAUCAACCCCAACCACGUCUUAUAAUAAAACUGAAUUGA